ACGACUGGUGGGGUUGAGCCUCGUGGAUUGGCUGCGCGAUACCAUGGGCUGCAGCUGAGGGGAUGCGUUGGAGGGUGCGUUCUCAGGUAUAUAUACUCCUGUCGGUGGCCCGAGCGGCCGAUCUGAACUUUCGAAUCGUUCGCCAGGAUACAGAAAGCUUCUCGACCAGAUUAAUCUCUUACCUUCACGAGCAUAUAAUAAUCUCGAAUCGACUCCUCAAUCGAUCGGUGAUAAAGAAGACUAUUUCGGUAGCAAGAAUGCAAUCGUCUCCAAAUGUUAUAUUCUUAUACUUCGUCGUCUUCGUUCUUGGAACUGAGACUGUUCUCGGUGAACCGGAACCAAUGAGCAGACCAGAGGUGACAUCAACCGAGGACAUAAAACAAGUUGUUGACCACUACUUAAACUACCUUAAGUUCGUCGGAAGGCCUAGGUACGGGAAGAGAGUCGAUGAUUCAUCCGCCAUAUCGAGUGCCAAUCGAGCUUUGGACACGUUGAAAACGAUCCUGGACGCUUCUCAACAAUCGCAGCAACCGAGAUUUGAGAAAAGGACGCCGGAGAGAAGUCGGUUACUUCACGAACUUGAAAGCUCUGAUAACAGGAAGCAUGGUUCAAGAAUUGACGACCGACCUUGUCACGUGUUAGAUGUAGUUGAAAAUUACUACGACGAUGUACAAUAAAACGGUUUGUGCGUGCUCCUACAUUUACAGAGUAUACUUAUCCCCCGAUCUACACGAUAGACACGUUUCGCAUUCGUUUGUCUAAAAAACAAAAACAAAAUGCAAAUAAUUUAGCCAGUUAUUAAAUGAACAUCAUUUAUUUCAAUGUAAAAUAGAAGUGAAAUGCAAAUGAAAAAUAAAAAAUGUCAGUACAUACUUUUACGAAACAAUAGAUAUACAAAGCUACAAUUUUAUAGUCAUAUUUUUGGUUUUUACAGAUAUGACUUUUCUAUUCACUUUAUUUACAAUUUGUAAAGGUUCGGUCGAAUUAUAAAAAUGCUACAAAAGUUACAACUAUGUAUCAUUAACCAUUAAAUGUAAAAUCUUAAGAAUGUAUUCAUGGCUCCUGGUAAGGUCCUCUGUAAUGACUGAUUGUUAUAUAAAAAGAAGGAAAACAUACUUCUUUCUAGUAAAUAUUCAAGUUCAUUGUCAGCGUUUACAAACGAAUGGUAUUAAAGAAUUACUAAAUAAAUACAUGUACAACCAAAAUAGUUAUGUUCGACAGUAUUUACUUUUACAAAUCCGUUUCUUUGAAAACCGUGUAAAAAAAAAAGGUGUCAUGUAAAUCGGGAGUAAGAUGUAUCCGUCUUUCUAACACUAAAAUUUAUUGUUACUUCUUGAUAAAUUAUUUAUCGACAUCAAUCCACAGAAUUUUGCCCGCGGUACAGUUGGCGUGAACUCUUAUUCGAGCAGGUUCCAUUUAACACCUAUACUGAUAACGAAAUGAAGAUUUUUGUCGGGCAGCUUAAGGGGAGGUUACCGUUCAUGACGAUGAAAAAUUCGAUUUCUCGAAGGUAUUUAAAAAUUUACAGCGUCGGCUUGGAAAUAGGUAGCUGUUUUUUUCGAAACAGUAUUUCUUAGAGCGCGGGGUGCGCUACAGCUUCAACAGAUUAACCGAUUUUCAUAAUAAAUGGAAAAGAAAUCCAAUUGGCGAGACUAUCACGAAGCGACUUUUGUUAAAAAUUGAUUUGCACAUUUUUUGUUCGUUCAUUGACGCAAAAGAAAACAGCAACAAAAUUCGUUUUCUUUUUCAAACGGCUGCCAUUUUCUUAUGCAGAGGAUUUUUAGAAAAUGAAAAACGACAAGGGCUCUCAAAUUUAUUUUACGUUUACAAUUCGAAAUCCAUUUUUGGUUCAGAUAAACUAGCAAGGAUGUGAAGCGCCCCGCGCAGAGCAAACGACGCCGUACAUUUAUUUAUUUGAUCUGAGCUGGAGCCACCAUUUUGGACUCUUUUUACACACAAAAAUUGAAAUUUAACUUCCAAUUAUACAAGAAUAUAUUACUUUGAAACUUAUACCCGUAAGUAUUAAUUUUAUAUUAAAACAAAAUUCCAGAAGUUCACGUAUGUUUCAUGCAUCUCAACGGUAACCUCCCCUUAAAUAUAUACUACGCAAAUAAAAUAUUUGAUUGUUCGUUUAUAUAAAUAAAUUAUAUGCUUAUAUGCAUUUCCUUGUGAGGCGAAGAUGCAAUUCGAAAUAAAUUAAAUUUCACGGGAUGUCGUUAUAAAUAUUCUAUUAUCUAUUGAAACGUGUCUAGGUUUGUAAGUCUAAACGAACUAAAGCCAGGGAUUUAGCAACGAAAGUUUAAAUUAGAUAGAAGUGUAACAAUAAUAAAUAUAUUCCAAGG